GUUCCUGCUUAGUGGCGUUGGGGCACGCCGGUUGGCUGCCUGUAAUCAGAACUGAGGCUGCGUUCUCUUUGGGCACAUAAUAAACAAUAAAGAUAGAAUGACGCUUACAGCGCGUGAGAGCCCAAAGAGAACGCAGUUGAGUGAAGUGAAUUACACCUGAGACUUCAUAAACAUCCUCUGGAGCCACCUGAAAUCAUAUCGACGGAACUGAAACAAAUAAAGUCAUGGAUUUAUUGGGAUCUAUUCUGAACUCGAUGGAUAGACCACCGAUAAUAAGCGACAAACAAAAAGCGCUUAUGAAAAAACAAAAGGAGGAGUAUGAAAAGCGGAAGAAAGCCGAGGCGGAAAGAUUGAAGAUUUUCCGGCAGCAGGUAGAAGAGAAAAUUAAUAAGUUCCUACAGGAUGAUAAUGCAAAAGAACACAAAUUUGUUGCUAUGGGCAAAAUACACAGAAGUAUUAUCUAUGACGUAGCAGAAGUAGCCAAUGUUUUGGCGUAUACCUUUGGUGAGGAAGACAUUGACCGAUAUGUCAUGAUCUUCAAGAGGGAACACGCUCCUUCUGAAGAUCAAUUAUAUAUAUUACGCAGAGGCGAAGAAUGGAAUGAAGAAGUUGCCAAGAAGUUGAAGGAGGAAAGGAGGAUGAAAGCCAAGGAAGCGGCUGAGUAUGCCAAGUCUAGGAAAAACAAAGAAAAAUUUGUUCCAAAUAGUUACUACAAAGACAAGUAUCAACACUUGAUCGGCAAGGAAGCUGCUUUGGAAGCUGCCAGAAAAACAGAAGCCAACAACAGCAGUUACGGAUGUGUUCCUAGCGAAAAUAAAAAGGAUCAGAGGAGUAUAGAACAAACCCUUGCCGACAUACGUGCCAAGAGGAGGAAACUGGAAGAAAAUAACCAAACGAGCAGUUCCAGCGACAACAGUACAAAAUAGUGCUAUUGUAUAAAUAAUCUCAUAGGCAUACACAUGAAUUACCUAUAUGCAAUUCAUUGUAAAUAUCUAUUAGGUAUAUUACAACAUUAUUACAGACUGUAUUAUUCGCACUGUUAGGGCAACGCCGCAUUUGUUCGUUCCAAGUAUUCUACAAAGAUACAUCCUAGAAAAAGUGUCCUACGAUGUUUACGACUAAUGUGGUACCUGCAUUAGACGUGAGACGGAUCGCUUUCGCUCCAUCUCAAUGCGUAUUGUGUAUUUGCUACACCAAAGCGACUCUGUCACAUAUGUACAAUAUAAUACAUUGUUUCGCA